UAAAAGCUCCAAAGCUAUCUCUUCGUCUAAGGCAAAUUCUCUUCGUUCAUUCACGAAAACUCAGCGGAUUAUAAGAAAUGUUCCGACCGACGUCAUCACACCCGCCAUACGAAAAAUAUGACGUCAGAAAGCGCGAUCCGGACCCCAAAUCGGCCGUCUUGUUAGUGGUUGACAUGCAAAACUACUUCCACUCGAUGGCGAAGCCUAUCCUGCCGGAGAUCAAGGCCACAAUCGAUCUCUGCCGCGGCGCGUCAGUGCCUGUGAUCUUCACGCGACACCGUCACCAGUCCCAGGAGGACUACGGCAUGCUUUACGAGUGGUGGGACGGCAACCUUAUCAUGGACGGCACUGUUGAGGCCGAGCUCAUCCCCGAUUUGGGCAGGGUGGAUUCUGACUUGGUGGUUGAAAAGUGCACUUACAGCGCCUUCAGAGGUACAAACUUAGAGGACACUCUGGCUGAGAUGGGGGCAAAAGAGGUAAUUGUGACUGGCGUAAUGACCAACUUGUGCUGUGAGACCACUGCAAGAGAGGCUUUUGUGAGGGGUUUCAGGGUUUUCUUCUCCACAAAUGCUACUGCUACGUCCUCGGCAGAACUGCAUCAUGCAACCUUAAUGAACAUGUCAUAUGGUUUUGCAUAUUUAGUUGACUGCAAAAGUCUUCAGGAUGCAUUUUCAAAAUCUUGAUUCUCACCAUUAUUGUAAAAUAUUGCAUUUAAAUGCCCUCUGCAUGUAUGCAAAUGCAGAAUAAAUAUACCCAUCUGAGUGUGGAAAAUAAUCAUGUGGCUCUAUAGUUAUGUUCACUGUUCGAUAAUACUCCCUCUGUUCCAUAAAAUUCUUCCCGGUUUGACUUGGAUCGGAGUUUAAGAAAGUGAGAAUACGUGGAAAUGUAAGGUUGUGGUUGAGUAAGAAAAAAAUAAAUGAAUGUUAGCCACACAAAACUUUCCAAAAAAAGAAAUGAGAAGAUGCAUUGGGACAUCCCAAAAAGGUAGGUGGGAAGAAUUUUAUGGGACGGAGGGAGUAAUAGAGAGCGUGUUCUACAACUUGAGAUGCAAGUUUACAGUAGGAUCUGUGUUAUGUGCAUGCUUGGGAUCUCCUUUCAGAUCUGGUGGGAAGAACGAGAAAGGGGAAGAAUGGAAAGAGAUUAUUUAGAGUCCAUGCUUAAAGUGGAAAAAAUUGAUGUCCGACUUUUCAACGCAAGAAUUAAUUCGUCAAUAGUAGUUUAUUAAUCUAUAAUACUGUUAGGAAUCUGCCUAUUUAGUAUUUUAAUAAGGUAUUUGAAAGGAGAAAUAAAAUGGGCUGAGGUCAAUUAAGUGGGCUGGGGUCAUUUAAUGAGUAUGUUUAUCUAUUUUAGUCCCUGCGUGGACCUACUACUAUAAAUAGUAAGUUGUGUAGCUACUAAAAGGUAGACUGUUAUUUGGAUAUUGAGUGUUGCCUUGUUGCCUAAGAAGUCCCUGUCCCUGUCCCUUGUUACCUAUGGUUUACCCUAUUUCAUCAAUAAACAAUAUUUCCC